CUUUGGCCCAAAUAGAAAACUAUAAAGGUUAAAAGCCCAAAACACAGAACUCCAAUUCUAGUUUUCUACCCGCCUUUCUUUUUCUUAAGCAGCAGCGCAAUUUCUCCGUCGUCUUCCUCCCACCAUAUCACUCCAACUUUCUCUCUCUUCCCCACUCAUAAUUCCCUGUUAAUCUGGAAUGUCUUCAUUGUUUCUUCGCAGCUAAGGCAAUGGGCUCAUAUUAAUGCCUUAUCAACUUGAGAAAUCUACAUGGACCGGUGUUUCUGUUUCGUUAACCAUAUCUUUUCGGAAUCCACUUUGAUGGGUUUCUCUCACAGAAAUGAAUAUUGGUGUCAUCUCCUUAAUCAAUGGUUGUUCUAAACUCGUACCCCAGAGUUUACACUUGGGUCGGUUUCUGCUUAUCCCAUUUAAGGACAGAUAUUUGGGAGAAAAGCACAGCACUUUUUACUCUACUGAUGCAAGAGCAUUUCCGGAUUACUCACCCAGAAAGCCAACAAUCAGAGACUCUGAACUUGUGCAGAAUAUUUCAAGUACCAUAAAGCAACGGCGUUUUGAGACUUUAAGGCAUGCUCUUAGACCCUUCGAGUCAAAAUUCAAGCCUGACCAUCUCAUUUGGGUUCUAAUGAACAUCAAGAAUGAUACUGAGCUGGUAUAUAACUUCUAUGAAUGGGCAUGUCUUCAUAGAGAACCAUCAUUGGAAGUUCGGAGUAUUGUCAUACAUAUUGCUGUUGCUUCAAAAGAUUUGAACAUAGCUCACAGUCUUAUAUAUGAUUUCUGGUCUAAGCCAUAUAUUGAUGUUGCCUAUUCUUUUUCUAGUUUUGUUGAAAAAUUGAUCUACACUUACAAGGAUUGGGGUUCAAAUCCAUGUGUAUUUGAUUUAUUCUUUGAGGUGCUUGUUCAAGUUGGGUAUUUAAUAGAGGCAAGGAGACUUUUUGGAAGGAUGUUGAAUUUUGGUUUGGUGAUCUCUGCUGAAUCCUGUCAAUUGCUUCUUGCUAAUCUUUCCAGCCAAUCAGACAAGAAAAGGGACACUUUUGAGGUUUUUCAGGAGUUCCUUGAAGCAGGAAUUUGUUGGGAUACUGGUUCAUAUAACAUAAUAUUGCACAUUCUUUGUCAGUUAGGGAAAAUUAGAGACGCGCACCAUCUACUGCUGCAGAUGGAGUUAAGAGGCUGUCCGCUUGAUGUUGUGAGUUAUAGUAUUGUCAUUAAUGGAUACUGUCAUGUUGGUGAAUUAGAUAAGGUGAUGAGGCUGGUUAAUGAAAUGAGAAUGAAGGGAUUGAAGCCAAAUGCAUUUACAUUUAAUAGCAUUAUUGUUCUUAUGUGCAAGUAUAGUAAGGUAGCAGAUGCAGAAAGGGUUCUGAGAGAAAUGAUUGCUCUUAAUAUACCGCCAGAUAAUGUAGUUUACACGACAAUUAUUGAUGGUUUUUGUAAGUCCGGUAAUAUUAGUUCCGCUAUCAAGCUUUUCAAGGAAAUGCAAAGAGUGAAAAUCAUCCCUGAUAUUAUUGCAUAUUCAACUAUUAUAUGUGGGCUUUGUCAAAGUGGGAACAUGAAAGAAGCAGAGAAGCUCUUCCAUGAAAUGCUUAACAGUAGAUUAGCACCAGAUGAAAUCACUUAUACAACACUUUUAGAUGGUUAUUGCAAGGCUGGUAAGCUGAAAGAAGCCUUUUUUUGGCACAAUGAGAUGGUUGAGAAGGGGGUGACCCCUAAUAUUGUCACAUAUACUGCCCUUGCAGAUGGCCUAUGUAAACAAGGAGAGGUAGAUACAGCAAAUGAACUUUUGCAUGAAAUGUCUGCCAAGGGUCUAGAACUUAACCAGUGCACAUAUAAUGUACUCAUUAAUGGUCUCUGUAAAACAGGAAAUAUAAAUCAAGCAAUAAAACUGAUGGAAGACAUGGAGGUGACUGGAUGUCAUCCUGAUACCAUCACUUAUACUACUUUGAUGGAUGCUCACUGUAAGUCGGGAGAAAUUUGUAAGGCACAUGAGCUUCUGAGGAGAAUGCUGGAUCGAGGACAUCAGCCUACUGUUGUUACAUUUAAUGUGUUGAUGAAUGGGUUCUGCACAUCAGGGAUGUUGGAAGAUGGUGAAAGGCUGCUAAAAUGGAUGUUGGAAAAGGGAAUAAUGCCAAAUGCCACAACCUAUAAUUCUCUUAUGAAGCAGUAUAGCAUUAGAAGCAACAUGCAUAGCACAACUAAAAUUUUCAGGGAGAUGUGUGCUUUUAAUGUAAUGCCAGACAACAACACUUAUAAUAUAUUAAUCAAGGGGCAUAGUAAAGCAAGGAAUAUGAAAGAAGCGUGGUAUUUGCACAAGGAAAUGGUUGCAAAAGGGUUUGAUCUCACUGACAGCUCUUAUAAUGCUUUUAUCAAGGGGCUUCUUAAAAAGAAAAAGUAUGGGGAAGCAAAGAUACUCUUUGAUGAGAUGAGGAGAAAAGGGUUCAUUGCGAAUCAAGAAAUAUUAUACUUUUUUCUGGACAAGAACUUCGAUGAAGAGAACCUUGAAAAUGCUAUUGAGAUUUGUGAUGAAGUUAUAGAGAGAUUUGUUAUUGAUAAGGUCAAUGAAGAUAAUGAUACUAGAUGAGUAAUUAGAUUUUUGUGAGCGUGCAUAUAAAAAUCCCAUGACAACCUUCUCCAGGCCUUAGUUCUUGCUACCAGCUGACAUGGACUGGAAGGCAAAGAUACAAAGAACUUUAUCUAUACGACUAUCCUAGUUGAAACUGAAUGAAACACUGCUCAAAAUGAUAAAUGCGGCUUCAGUUGUGUCAGUUGUACAAAUGCUCUAAAAUCAGAAAACAGAGAAGAAAGGGGAGCC